CAGAGCUCAGUGUGGGGAAUGAACACCUUAUGACAGGAUGAAGUCAAUUCUCAUAGAUGUGGUCUACACCAAAGUAAAAGGUGGUUUCAAAAUUAACCUCAAGAUGUCUCUCAGGAAGAAGAAGAAAAAUUCAAGUAAAGAAAAACCAAACGAAACCGUCAAAUAACCACCUCUAAAGGCAAAAAAUAUAAACAUAUACAUAUACCAUUAAAAAACCCUAAAAAAUAUGUCGUCAAGUAGUUUCAGAUUUUACAAAGUCAGAAUAAGCUCCUUUGCUAAGUUUUUGAGUUUUCUUAUGUUCACAUUACUCUAUGUGUAUUUCACCUACAAUGCCAUGCCAGCGAGGAAAACAGCAGUCAUUAGAAACAAAAACGUAACUUGGAAAAUAAUAAAGGGCUUUGAGGAGAGAGGAAUAGAUCUUUACGCGAUGGAAGAAGAAAUGGCAUCCAGAAGAGAACUCCUCUUCAGCACUUGUCAAAAGUUUAGAAUACAGAACCAGAAGCCGAAGGUUUGGGAGUACAUCAUAGAUGCGCACCACUCCCUCGUUUGGUGCAAAGUUCACAAAGCAGCAAGCGAUACCUGGGUUCAUUAUUUCAACAUUCUAGGGGGCUACAACGAAGGAUUCUUAAGAAAGAGCAAGAAGAGCCCGAUGACACUCCUAAGAGCAAAGUUUCCCACUCCAACUCUCUCCCAGCUCCAAUCUGCACUUCGAAGUUCGUUGUCGUUUAUAAUAGUACGUGAUCCACUUGAGAGAUUGCUGUCGACGUAUCUCAGUCUCAUCGAACCUAAGAACGAAAGGUAUUAUAGCAAAUUAAAAAAGAGGAUUAAGAAUAUGCCUUUUGCAGAGAGUGGAACUAAAACGCCGCCGACCUUUAUGGAGUUUGUCAAGUAUGUACUCGACAAUAAGGAAGAUGAGUUCUGGGGAACGACAAAUCAAUUCUGUACACCCUGCAUGAUCAAUUUCACUGUCAUUGUGAAGCUGGAAACACUGCUGGAUGAUCAAGAGUACAUACUCAAGCGGGCUGGUCUUGAAGACAUACUGAACCCAACUAAAGUAAGGAUCCAUUACUUAGUACACGAAAAAGGCAGAACAAGAAACCUCUUGCCUCAUUACUACCAGCAGCUCAACUUUGAUUUACUCUACGAUUUGGCUAACAUGUAUCAAGUGGAUUACGACAUGUUCGGAUACAACAUAACAAAAUAUUUUAUGUAUCUUACACUAGAAUGAAUUCAAUAAAGAACAAGUAGUAAUAAACCUUAAUUUUGGUAAUAAGAUUAAUUAAUUUUUCUACAAUUAAAAACCUUGUUAUCAACCGAGAUUAGGAAUCCCC